AUGAUGGAUAUAGAACUGUAAAUAAAAUAUAUAAAAUUAUUUUUUGUAUUAUAUUGUUAAAACUAUCUGCCAUAUGAAAUGUUUAGACACACCUGUAGUUACAUGUAUUAAAUCAAUAUUUUUUUACUCAGCAGAUGACCUUCUUUAUUCAAACAUCUUAUCAGACGAUGACUUUCCUGAAAUUAUGCUUCCAGAGGAUUCUGUGUUCAAAAGAUCUUUACAGCCGAGUAUUUCAAACUCGUUCUCAGAAGCAAAAUCGAACUGUGACUCCUCUAAAUCGGGGCAAUCUUCAAUGCACAUGAAAGUGCAGGACACUAGGGCAUCCUUGUCCUCCUCCCCGGCAGUGUCCGAAGGCAGCCAUUGUAGUUCUCUAUUGAGAUCGACUGAUGACGAGUCCAUAUCUGACAUUGCUUGGAAAGACAGCAUCUUACCUGUGCCACCACCCAGAAAAAACACCCCUGCUAACCUACAACUAAAUCAAAGCUUCCUGCAUAGUUCAUUAGACAGAAAACAGAUGUCCUCCAUGUCCGAAUCUUCAGGUGUGUCCUCUGCAGCGUCCACUAGUCCAACUAAUGCUGUAGACACGUCUCAGUGUGAUCCAGGAAACUUGUAUACCUCUACAGCUGUGGUAACUUUGGCUGGGCAGAAAAGUCCUACUCAGUGUGCCAGAGCGACUGCCUCUUCGACCGCAGAGCUACGCAGACAGUUCUUUGAGCUGCCACCGCCUUUGCCGACAGGAACACCUCCGCUGACUUCUCGUCCUAGUUCGCAAUCUGAAACGGCGAAGUAUUCUUCAGAGUCUGGGAGGGAUAGUGAAAGUUCACUAUCGUGCACCGACAUACCUCUUUCGUUGAGAAAUGCGUUUUGUGAAGUUGAUGGUGCAAGUUCAAGGCGGGAUUCUGAACAGUGUCAAAUACAAGGAACUUCAACGAGACCUAGAGGAUCUAGUCUAUCUUAUGCAUCCACUGUUGAUACUGUUUCUUCUAACUCUUUCUAUGGACGAGAAGAUAAGACAAGUGGAAGUGCUGAAAUAUCAUACUCCUUGAAAAUGGAAUCGCGUCAUAUUGAUGAUACUGAAAAAGGAAUUGAUUCUGUGGAUUGCAGAGCUUACAUGCUCAACAAAACUGAAAAGUUAUUGCAGUCGGAUGGUAAAAAAAGAACAGAAGUUAUCUCCGUCAAACACAUGGUGCAAAAUAUUGACAUGAACCCUAAAAGUGCAAUCUCAUCAGACUUUGAGUGUCUGAAUUCAGUUGUGUCAAACAAAAAACUCAUGGAAUGCAAUACAAUAUCAACCAGCAGUAUUUUAAACGAAAGUCUUACAUUAGAUCGAAGUGAACUCAAAAGUAUAAAAUCUGGUGAUAAAUUAUCACUGAACAGGCAACCUCGUUUUGUGUAAACAUUGUACUGGCUGUGCGUAAGAAUCAAAUUUGCUGUCCAUUGCACAAACUUCAGUGGAAUCUGUAAAUAUUGCAUUCAAGCAAGUUGUUGAAGGUUUGUGCCAGUUUCUACAUUUGUGAAUAUAUCAUUUGCUCAUGGAAUAUUAUCAUUUGAUAAACAUUUAAAUGGUGCCCUCUUUUUAGAACAUAGUGGCAAGAUUAGUCAAUUUAAAAACCAUUAAAAUUUUCAUGUUAAAAUUUAAUUCAGUAUGUGAUAAAUGUUUUGACAUUUAACUAUCUACAAUAGUUGUACGCUGUUCUUUUUUUCUCCUGAUGCUUUUUAAACUUUUCAUCGGGUUUAAUUGUUAGUUGUUAGCCAUGCUUCUUUUGAAAGUAAAAUUUAUAAAUUUGUUACUCUCGUUAGUUGUGUUAUGAAAGAUAUUAAUUUUAUUAUUUAGAAUUUAGUAUUGUUGGUUAUUUUAUAAAUUAAAUUAUUAGGUAAUUUUUUUUAAAAAAAAAAAAAGGCUUUCUAGUGUUGUUGAUAGCUUAAGUUUUAAACGAGUGAAAUAUGUAUUUCUUUUUAAAAGUUCACUUCUGAUUUGUGUUUUUUUAAUUGAAUACAGUCAAGCCUCGAUAUUUUAAACUUGUAGGAAAAGACUUAAUUCGAAAUGUCCAAAAUAAAAUAAAGCACUUUUUGUGUACUUUUUUUAAAAAAGAAACCCAUAUUUUUAUUUUACAAGAAAAUUCGGUUGUGUUUUGCUUUCGUUCAUAAGGCAGAAAAUUUUAAUCCAGAAAUUUAAUCACAGAAGCUAAAACAAUUUGCUUUAUCUCUUAAACAAUAGGCAAUUUUGAAAAAUGUAAAGAUAAGACCUAUCACAAUUUUAAUGGUUUAUGUUAUUGUCAAAUAUAAGUUGGACAGUUUUAAUCACACCACCCCUGAAAGGGUUAAUAGAAGAAUUUGAUAUUUUU